GGGCCCAGGCCCCGCACAGAUCUCUCCUGUGAUUCGGCUGCUGCCACCAUCCCAAAGGGGGACCGGCGGGAGACCCCUGCCCUGACUCCAGGGCCCAAUCCCCUGGUCCUCACCUUCCUGCCCAGCAAGCCGGGCACCCGGCCCCAACCUGAGGGGGCCAGCUGGGAUGCAGGGCCCGGUGGGGCCCCCUCAGCCUGGGCCCACCCCGAGGAGGGCGGCCCAAGCCCAGCGCUCCUUCCUGAGGGCCCACCCCCCCAGGAGCUGCCCCCUGAGGUCUUGCUGCCCGCCACCCUGGAGCCCCGGAUCGUGAUGGGUGAGGAGACAUGCCAGGUGCCCUCGUCACCCAGGGCAGCCCGGCCGGCGCUCAGGGAUCGGGAGGGUGGGCACGCAGGCCUGACUCCACCUCCCGAGUGGUGUUCUCAGGGAGAGCCUCCUGUGCCUUCCCCGUCCCCUGACCAUGACUCCUACUUCACGCCUCCCUCCACCCCCACCAAGACCACCUGUGCCCUGCUCUCCGGCCACAGUCCCCCUGUGGAUCCCUGGGACAUGGAGGCCGAGCUGCCUGCUGAGCUGCUGGACUCGCCGCCCGCCUCGCCCUCAGGCUCCUACAUCACAGCUGAUGGGGACAGCUGGGCCUCCUCGCCGUCCUGCUCCCUCGGCCUCCUGGCCCCAGCUGAAGGGCUUGACUUCCCGUCAGGCUGGGGCCUCUCCCCACCAGGAUCGGUGGCCGAAGAACAGGAGUCGCAUCCCGCCAGGUCUCCAUCCUCCGAGUCUAGCCUCUCUGCAGACAGCAGCUCUUCCUGGGGUCAAGAGGGCCAUUUCUUCGACCUAGACUUCCUGGCUAAUGACCCGAUGAUCCCUGCGGCUCUCCUACCCUUCCAGGGCAGCCUCAUCUUUCAGGUGGAGGCCCUGGAGGUGACACCACUGCCCCAGGAAGAGGAAGAGGGGAAGGAGGAGGCAGCGGCUCCCGCUGCAGGCGGGGACCUGGCCGGAGAGGGCGAUGAGGACAGUACCUCUGCCUCUUUCCUGCAGUCACUGUCUGACCUGUCCAUCAUCGAGGGCAUGGACGAGGCCUUUGCAUUCCGGGAUGACACCUCGGCGGCCUCCUCAGACUCUGAGUCGGCCUCCUACACGGGGGUGGACGACGAGAGGCUGUACAGUGGGGAGCCACACGCGCAGCCCACCGUGCUGCCCCAGGACAGCGUGCGGCAGGCAGAGGAGGAGAGCAGAGGGAAGGCCAAGGGGCUACAGGCUCGUGAGGGGGCUGUUUCCUGGGGCCUUGAGGCCACUGGCUUGGUGCCCACUCCCCAGGCUGCAGAGGAAGAGGCUUUGCCCACCCAAACCCAGGAAGCUGUAGCAGAAGUCAAAGAAGAGGGCUUCAACCCAGAUCAGGAGGCCGCUGCCACUGUGACCCCUCAAGCCCCUCAGGCAGCCCCAGACCUCCAGGUGCAGGAGGCUAGUGAGGGGACUCCUCAGGCUGGGGAGGAAGACACGGACUCCACUGAUGGACAAGCACCUGCUGCCCCUGCAGAGAUGCCUCAGCCCUUCCAGGAGAAGGCAAGUACCAUCAACCAGGGGCCUGUGGUUGCAGCAGCGCUUCCGGCUCCACAGGAAGAACUGGGACCUGCCUCAUGCCUAGGCUGCCUUCAGAACUUGAAGGGAGGAGGACUGGACCUGGAGUCUGGGCCCCAGCAGGCUGAAGCAGAUGUCCCGUUAGUCCAGGACUCUGCUAUGGCAGCACCUCUGGCCCUGCAAGAUGCAGGGACGUCCACGGACAGUGAGACUGUGCCUGCAGUUGCCCCUGAGGCCCUGCAGACAGAAGCCAGUGGGACAGAGCCCGUGGCCUCUGAGGCCCAGCAAGACGUAGGCAUGGCCUUAGCACUGAGGCCAGCAUCCGAGGAGUGGGGCGCAGCCGCCCUCCUUGGAGUCCUGGAGCCUGCAGCCUUGGACCAGGUCCCACAGGGUGCCCCAGAGCCAACAGCAGAAGCCGAGACUACUUGGGCUCCACAGGAAGAUGCAGGUCCUGCCUUGGACAUGGAGACUCCAGACCCCCUGGAGGAGGCCGCUGGUGCCAGGAAGGAGGCAGCUGAGGGCCUUUCUGUGCCUGAGCAGGAAGGACAUCUUGAAGCCCCCGUGCACACUGAUGAUGGGGCCAAGCCCCAUGCACCCCCAGAGGAGGCCCUGGGGGCUGAGAACCAGAAGGACAGAAGCCAAGAGUCCCUGGCGCAGGCACAUGGACCCCAGCCAGCGCCCGGAGGUGCAGGGGAGGCUCCUAAGGCACAGCCCGCUGCUGCCUGCCCCAAGGUUGGCCAGGUGCAGCCUCUAAGUCCAGCCAGAGAGGCGAGAGUCCUGAGCAGCGAGGCUACCCUGACAUCCAGGCUUCCCCAGGCCACCAGGGACUCCUGCUCAGAAUCUCCAGCAGCUGCAGCGUCCAUGCCGGACGAGGGCUGCCCUGAAGAGCCCACCCCCACAUCCACACCACCCUCUUUGCAGCCAGAGCCUGUCCCAGCUCCAGGCAGGGAAGAGCAGCCCCCCAAGGUCCUCAAUGUUCUCAGCCCCUCCCCACCACAGCCCCCAGAAAACCCUGCCAGGGACCUGCCCAGUAUACCCCAGGACAGGCUGCAGGGCCCUGACCCCUCUGCUCCUGAUGCCCCUGCUGAGGCAGCUCUGCCUCUCCAAGGGUCCCUCAUCUCCUGCCUGGACCAGGCCCCCCUGGAGGACUCUGGGGAGGACAAAGAGCCACCAGGCUCUCCAGGCCUCCCACAGCCCCGAGCAGGAGCCCAGCAGACCACUGCUGCCGUCUCAGGAACCGCACAGCCUCUGGGGACCGGACGGCGGGUCAGCCUCUCGUUGCACUCCCCCCUCAUCAGCCCCCAGGUAGCCCCCACAGAUGCCAAAGACCUGGCCAAAAACCUGGCCUCACGGAUCUCACCCCCCUGCCAAGUGCCUCCCCGCCCUGGGCCUCGGAGCCCAGCAGGCCCUCAAGGGCCUCCAGCAUCUGAGCAGCAAGAGGACGAGGACAGCCUGGAGGAAGACUCAUCACGUGCCCCAGGCUCCGGCCAGCUCUCGGAGAGCCACGGGGAAUCAUCGGCAGAGCUGGACGAGCAGGAUGUCUCAGCACCUCAGGCCACACAGUCACCCCAGGCCCUGACAGGUGACAGUGAAGAGACCAUUGCCAAAGCCAAGCAGAGCCGCAGUGAGAAGAAAGCCCGAAAGGCAAUGUCGAAGCUGGGCUUGCGGCAGGUGCAGGGGGUCACCAGGAUCACCAUCCAGAAGUCUAAGAACAUCCUCUUUGUCAUCGCCAAGCCUGACGUCUUCAAGAGCCCAGCCUCGGACACCUAUGUGGUCUUUGGUGAGGCCAAGAUUGAGGAUCUGUCCCAACAAGUGCACAAAGCCGCAGCAGAAAAGUUCAAGGUGCCCUCAGAGCCCUCGGCCCUGGUCCCUGAGUCAACGCCCGGGCCCCGGGUGAGGCAGGAAUGUGAGGAGGAGGAAGAGGAGGAGGAGGUGGACGAGGCAGGGCUAGAGCUUCGUGACAUUGAGCUGGUGAUGGCCCAGGCCAAUGUGUCCAGAGCCAAGGCUGUGCAGGCCUUAAGGGACAACCACAGUGACAUCGUGAAUGCCAUCAUGGAACUGACAAUGUAGCGGCUGACCGGAAGGAAACUCGGCCCAUUCCGCCCCGUCCCCCAGCUCUGCUGCUCAAUAAACUGACAACCCCUCACCACUCUCUGGUGUCACUUCACUGAAGUCCUCUCAUCACCCUGUCAUCCUCUCAUUGGCCUCUGGUGUCCCCUAAUUUAUCUCUGAUUCCUCUCAUCUUCCUCUGGUGUCCCCUCCUGACCUUCCUUGAUCUCUAAGGUGGUCUUACCACCCCCUGGUGUCCCCUCAUCACACGUUGAAGUUUCCUCAUCGCUCUCCAGUGUCCUCACUGAUCUCGUGGUUCCUCCUUGAUCUCAGGUGGUCUCACCCCCAAUGGCUUUUCUUCAUUGAUCUCUGAGGUCCCCUCAAGACCCCCUGGUGUCUCUUCACUGCCCUCUGGUUCCCCCCCCUUGACCUCUGAGGCCGUCUCGGUGCCCUCUGAUAUCCCCUCCCUGCCCUGCUCUCUCUCUUCACUCUCUGGCCCUCAGGCCCACUCUUGAGUGGCUGUCCGUUGUAUGUCCUCCACUCCUACUGCUGUCACAGACCAGUGGGCUGUGUAAAGGGACCAGCCUGGGGACAGGGCCUUGGAGGAACAGGUGCAAGGGGUCCAGGCCUCCAUAUGGGGUCUGUGUAGGGUGCACUAUAACCUGCUCGGCACAGCUGGGUGCUGGAAGGGCAGGGGCUCUGGGGACUCAGGUAUGUCUUCUGUCUCUUGCUGCUCCCAAGGCAGGGUUUAUCGCAUGUAAAUCUAGAGACAGCAUCAAGAAAGAAUGGCCUGGUCUAGGGCCCCAAACUAGCUUGGGAUGGUGGGAAAGCCACCCAUGGCACUGUCUCGGCCCCUCCUACUCUGAACCUAAUGCAAGAGCCUGUCUACCUUGGUCAGGAGGUGCUCCAGGGACUCAGACUUGGCAGAAGACAGCUGGGGUGUCCAGAGUCCCAGAGGCGCUCACAGCCUGGGCAGGUGAAGUCCCUGGGUCCCCAGCAUGGGCAGAAGAUGUGACCAAUCAGUGUCCUCAGCCUGGGGGCUUCUUUGAUGUGCCCUUGGGGGUCUCAGCAAGGCUGAGGUUGUUCUCUGGUGGAGGGGGAGGCCUGGGACAUCCUGAAUCAUCUCUCCCCUAUUCUCCCUAGGUCCCAUAGAAGGUGUGCAGGGGCCUGAAGGGCAAGGGCCAGAUGAAGGACAAUGGGGCUGGGGUGGGUGAGAAUAGAAUGAGGACAUGGGGAGGGCAGCAGAGGGGCACGAGCUCUGGGCUGCAAGAAAACGAGGUUUUGCAGGUGGCACUCUGCUCGGUUGGGGGGUGUGGGGUUUGCUCUCAAGGAAAGCACCUGGAAUGUCGAGUUCAGCCAAGGGGCCAGAGGAGAGUCAGUAUCCUUGAAGGACUCUGCACGAGAUGCAAAGAGCCAAGUGUCGCUGCCACUAGCCCCACACAGAUGUUGCUGCCCAGGAGAGGCCCUGGGACACUUGCCCUUGCCCGGU